GAGGCCGCCUCCCUGAGGGCCGACCUCGCGGACCUGCAGCUCUCGCGGGUCUGGGGCGCGCAGGACGCUCGGCCCGCGGACGACGACGCCGAGCGGGGGCCGCCCGUCGAGGGGACGGAGCCGCAGCGCCUCGCGGCGGAGCUGGAGUCGGCGGCCCGCCAGCGCGCUGCGCUGGAGAGGGCGCUGGCGACGGCGCAGCAGGAGAGGAGGGGGAGCAACGGGCCGAGGCUUCGGCGAGCGCCGCCCGGGCGGCCGCGUCUGAAGCGCUGCUUGCAGAGCUGCGGGCCGCGCAGGAGGAGCUGAGGCACCAGGCGCGGCAGGCGCGGGAGGAGCUCGAGGCCGCCCGCGCGCAAGGGGCCGAG